AUGGGAUGCAUAUAAAAUUAGCCAAUAAGUCCUGAGCUUUCGAUUGUAGAAGUAAACUCACCACUUGAUAAUUCUCGUAAUUCCAAUCUAAAACCAUAUUCUAAUGAUCAGUAUCCAGCAGCAAGAUUGCCUACUACCAUAUCGGAAUAAUCAACUUAAUCUAAAUUUAUCUAUAACAAAGGAUUGUCGUGGUCAAAGAAUGGUACCCAAUUCAAAUAAAUUAUAGAAAAUUAAGAUAGAAUUUUCUGUUCUUCCCUCAACAGUUGUCCUUACUUUUGA